AUUGGGAAGAAUACAGAAUACUAUAUGAACAAAUAUGACAUCACAAGAGCAAUCUAUGAUUGUGCAAUCAAAAUUCAUUUCGGGGGAGACUGUAAUAAUUACAAUGGAAGCGUCAUUAAUUCAGGGUUGGGAUAAAGCUGCAAGAAUUGUAGCACUCCUUAAUAAAGGAAGAACUCAUGCAUUGGUUGUUUUAAUCACUUCCAGAACACCACCCCAAGGUUACAGUGACCUUACUAUAGAAAGAGUGUUACCCAUUGAUCAGGAUUUCAAAUGCAACAUUAAUACAGAUGAAAAACAGCAAGAUAGUCUAGAUGUUUAUCUUAAUGUGACAUCAAGGAAAUUACACUUAGUAUUUGAAAUGACGCCUGGAGUGGGAACCAGUACCUUAGUCUCUGAAAUAUUCAGAGCUAUAGAGGUAUAUCAGAAAACAAAUAAUCCAGCAUCAGAAUUUUUAUGGAUUCAAAAGUUAACAGGAAGUACACGUAACUUGAGUGCCACUAAUAAGGAAGUAGAAGAUGUUACUGACCCUCUGGUGGAUUUGGAAAGUCCAGUUUUAGUUGUAACUAGACGUAGCAUUGCUUCUGGCAAAUCUCCAGUAACUGCCAGAGAAGCGUUAGUACAUUAUCAAAUGGCAUGCAAGGAAGAUGACUAUACAUACAGUAAAACAUUCCAUAUAUUUAUUGGUACAUGGAACGUAAAUGGACAACCACCAAAUAGUAUUACAUUGCAUGAAUGGCUAAGUUACGAUAAAACACCACCAGAUGUGUAUGUAAUUGGAUUCCAAGAAUUAGAUUUAACCAAAGAAGCAUUUCUUUUCAAUGAUACUCCAAGAGAAGAAGAGUGGAGGCAAGUUGUAGCAAAAUCUCUUCAUCCAGAUGGAGAAUACGAACAAGUGGCCAUUGUGAGAUUAGUGGGUAUGAUGUUACUCAUGUAUGCUUUAAAUAGUCAUGUACCAUUUAUAAAAGAUGUAUCAGUUGAUACUGUAGGCACUGGUAUUAUGGGUAAAAUGGGUAACAAAGGAGGAGUAGCAGUAAGUUGUUCUAUUCACAACACAUCUAUCUGCUUUGUUAAUGCUCAUUUAGCAGCACAUUGUGAAGAAUAUGAAAGACGAAAUCAAGAUUAUGCAGACAUAUGUGCACGAUUGUCUUUUUCAAAAUAUGUUCCACCGAAAAAUUUUAAAGAUCAUGACCAGAUCUACUGGUUGGGAGACUUGAAUUAUCGAAUAACAGAUAUGGACGUUGCAGUUGCUAAACAACAUAUAGAAGCAGAGAACUAUGCUCCUCUUUUGGAUUUAGAUCAACUGUGCCAACAAAGAAAAUUAAAUCGUGUUUUACAAGGAUUCCAUGAAGCCGAAAUUACAUUUAAGCCAACGUAUAAAUAUGAUCCAGGCACUGAUAAUUGGGAUUCAAGUGAGAAGGGCAGAGCACCAGCAUGGUGUGAUCGUAUACUGUGGAAAGGAGCAGCAAUUACGUCAAUUGAGUACAAUAGUCAUCCUGAAUUAAAAAUCUCUGAUCACAAACCAGUCAGUGCUAUUUUUGAUUCUCAGAUCAGAAUUAUAGACAUGGCAAAAUAUCGUAAAAUUCAUGAGGAAGUCAUGAAAAAACUUGAUAAACUGGAAAACGAAUUUUUGCCACAAGUAAUGGUUGAUACCACCGAAAUCAUAUUUGAUACCUUGAAAUUUCUAGAACCUAGUAGCAAAGAACUUAUUAUUGCAAAUACUGGUCAGGUUCCAGUUCAGUUUGAAUUCAUAAAGAAAUUAGGCGAUACUAGUUACUGCAAAGAUUGGUUAGAUAUUGAACCCUAUAAAGGUUUUAUAAAACCAGGAGAGAAGUGUGACACUAGAUUUGAAAUAUAUGUCGAUAAAAGAUCGGCUUGCAAAUUAAACUCUGGAGAAGACAAAUUGUAUGAUAUCUUGAUUUUACAUCUCGAAAGUGGAAAGGAUAUAUUUAUAACUGUGACAGGUACUUACGAAAGAAGUUGUUUCGGAUCAUCAAUAGAAGCAUUAGUCCACAUUCGAGUGCCAAUUAGAGAAAUUCCUAUUGGAAGAUUAAUGGAACUUGAAAAUAAUAAGAAUCUUUCUCAAGAUCCAUAUGAAAUACCGAAGGAAAUAUGGUUUUUAGUUGACAGAUUGUAUCGACAUGGUAUAAAAACACCGGGACUUUUUGAAACACCGGGACUUCACAGUGAAAUUAUAACUAUAAGAGAUUGGUUAGACAAUGGAAGUCAAGACCCAAUGCCUGGUAGCGUACACUCUGUAGCAGAAGCAUUACUUUUACUAUUAGAAUCAACCGCUGAACCAUUAAUUCCAUAUAAUCUACACAGCGUGUGCUUAUCUGCAGCAGUAAAUUACUUACAAUGCAAACAGAUUGUGAUGCAGCUGCCAGAGAUUAGAAGAAAAGUAUUUCUUUAUAUAUGCUAUUUUUUAAAAGAAUUAUUGAAUCACACGCAAGACAAUGAAUUGGAUGCCAAAACUCUUGCGACACUAUUUGGAUCGAUAUUCUUAAGAGAUCCGCCGAGAAGUAGGGAUGAUCGAAAUCAAAGGAGUCGUACUGUUCAAGCAACAAUUGACAGGAAAAAAGCAGCAUUUGUUUAUCACUUCUUGGUGAACGAUCAAAGUGAUUUUAUUCAUGAUCGAUAG